UAUUUUUGAUUUUUUCGAUUGUUUAAUUGUUUAGAAAAAAUCUAAAAUAGUUUUUUUUAUUUGGUGUGAUUGCAUUGAAUUGUGUGAAGUUUUUUUGGUUUGUUGGGCCUUGAUUUUGUUGUGGAAGUUAUUCAACCUAGCCGAUCAGAUACCAAAAAAGAAUAAUCAAAGACUCAAAAUGUUAAGGCUUCCAAGUGGUAAACCAAUUUUGGUGUUGUAUUUUGUCUGCUGCUUGUGGUUCGCCAGACAAAUUGUGGCUGAAAACAAUGUGGAUGAGCCGCUGGUGGAAAAAGUUGUAGUGUCCCUGGAAGUCCAUGUUAAUUCGGAAAAUUUCUCGAUGUCUUACAAAGUCGAACCAUUGCCAGAAUCCCACGCUGAAUUGGGCGAAGGUCCCCACUGGGAUGUGGAGCGUCAAAGUUUGUACUAUGUCGAUAUUCAUGUUGGCAAAAUCUAUCGCUACGAUUACAACGAGGACAAGGUGUACAAGGCACAAAUUGAAAAUGAAACAUUGGCCGGUUUCAUUAUUCCCAUUGAGGGCACAACCAAUGAAUUUGCCGUAGGUGCUGGACGUCGUGUUAUUGUCGUCACCUGGGAUGGUGUAUCGCCUGUGGCUAAAGUUAAGAAAACUCUAUUCGAAGUUCAGCAGGGCGAUCAACGUUUCAACGAUAAUCGUUUCAAUGAUGGCAAAUGUGAUCCCCAGGGUCGUUUGUUUGCCGGUACCAUGAAAUAUGUGGGCGAUGAAUUCGAACAUCGUUAUGGGGAGUUGUACAAAUACGAGAAGGGUGGCAAAGUGGAGGUGGUCAAGAGCGAUGUGGGAAUUUCCAAUGGCUUGGCAUGGAAUGAAAAGACCAAGAAAUUCUAUUACAUUGAUACCACUGAUUAUGAGGUUAAGGAAUAUGACUACGAUUUCGCUACCGGAAAAGCUACCAAUCCCAAGGUGGUCUUUAAUUUACGCAAAAACAGUCCCAAGGAUCAUUUGUUGCCCGAUGGCAUGACCAUUGAUACCGAUGGCAACAUUUAUGUGGCCACCUUUAAUGGUCACACCAUUUUCAAGGUGGAUCCCAAAACCGGCAAUGUUUUGUUGGAAAUCAAGUUCCCAUGCAAGCAGAUAACCUCGGCCGCAUUUGGUGGUCCCAAUUUGGAUAUUUUGUAUGUAACCACUUCAUCUCGUUUUGGCGAACCAGAUCCAGCUGGUACCACCUAUAAGGUUACUGGUUUGGGUGCCAAGGGUUUGCCCAUGACCAAAAUGCAAGUUUAAAGAAAGAAAAGCAGUUUUCCAAAAAAAUAUAAAUUUAGAUGUAAAAUUUUACAUAGACACACAUACACAUACAAAUAUUACGAACAUUUAAAUAUAUAUUUGUGUAAAUAGGAUUUAAACAAUAUUGUUUUUAUAUAUUGACAAUAAAUUAUGAAUGAAUUAUAAAA